UCCCGAUCAACCUUCAAGCACCCCGGCCUCCUUCAUACCAGCAAAGAUUUCGGCCGCAUCACAGGCCUCGUCGACGCCCAGAAGGAGCCAUGGACAACCGGCUGGAGCAAACUCAAGACCCGCGCCAACGCAGCCUACACUCCCAAUCCCAAGGAGACCGUCUGCCGCGGCGGUGCAGGUCGCGAAUGUAACCCCGAAAACUACCCAUCUCUCUACCGCGAUGCUCACGCCGCCUACACCAACGCUAUUGCCUGGAAGAUCACAGGCGACGAGGCCCAUGCCAACGCGUCUGCUCGGAUCCUUGACGCCUGGAGCGACUCGCUCGUCUACAUCAAUGGGUCUUCGGAUAAGUACCUUGCGUCGGGCAUCUACGGCUUCCAGCUCGCCAACGCAGCAGAGAUUCUGCGGGAGUGGAAGGCUUGGGACGGCUUGUCUGCGAUGGCCGAGAUGCUGCAGAGAGUCUUCUACCCGAUGAACCGCAGAUUUCUGAUCGAGCACAAUGGCGCCGUCAUCGACCACUACUGGGCCAACUGGGACUUGGCCAAUAUGUGCACUAUGCAGGCUAUCGGAAUUUUGACGGAUAACAAGACCAUGUACAACGAAGCCGUCGACUACUUCAAGAACGGUGCGGGUAACGGCGCCAUCGAGAUAGCCAUUUGGGAGUUGCAUGAAGAGGAAGGUUCAGGCAAGGCUCUUGGUCAGGGCCAGGAGGCCGGUCGUGACCAGGGGCAUGCUCUGCUGGACUUUGCUUUCUUGGGCGUCUUUGCGCAACAGUCUUACAACCAGGGCGAUGACUUGUUUUCGUAUCUCGACAGCAGGAUUUUGGCAGGAUCGGAGUACGCCGCAAAGUACAACCUCGGAUUUGACGUCCCCUUUACCAACUUUACCAACAGCCACGGCACGGCUGUGAAUAUUAGUGAAGCUGGACGUGGCGGACUCCGGCCUAUCUGGGAGCUGCUCUACAACCACUACGGUGUCAUCAAAGGGCUCAAUGCUUCUUGGACCGAGCAAAUGCGCGACCACGUGGUCGAGGAAGCUGGGGGUGCUGAGGGAGGAGGUGGUGACUACGGCACGACCAGUGGCGGAUACGACCAAUUGGGGUUCGGUACACUCCUUUACAGAUUGGAGUAG